GCUCAGCCUAGCCCUCCGGGCUCCCAGCCUGCUGGCUUGUGACUGGCGCAGCUCUGAGUCCCUGCCUUCUCAGCCGCCUCCGCCGCCUCAGUCUCCCAUGCCUCAGAGCAGGCCGCGGUUCCCUGGUUUGUGAUUCCCGGGCUUAAACCUCUGCGGCUCUGGUAUCUCAGUGCCCUGCUCCUGGGAGAUGACGCUCAAGUCCAGCGAAGGCGAAGGUGGGAGCAGCAUGCGCACCGCACUCUCGGACCUGUACCUGGAGCACUUGCUACAGAAGCGCAACCGACCCGAGACUGCUUUGAAUCAGUUGAAUGUUGCUACUGAGGACAUGUACACCAAUGGGUCCACCGCUCCAGGUAGCCCUGCCCAUGCUAAAGGUCAGGAAGCAAGAAAAGUUCGUCUCAUACAGUUUGAGAAGAUGACAGAAGAGCCCAUGGGAAUCACUUUGAAGCUGAAUGAAAAACAGUCAUGUACUGUGGCAAGAAUUCUCCAUGGUGGUAUGAUUCAUAGACAAGGCUCCCUUCAUGUGGGGGAUGAGAUUCUAGAAAUCAAUGGGACAAAUGUGACUAAUCACUCAGUAGACCAGCUGCAGAAGGCAAUGAAGGAAACCAAAGGAAUGAUCUCAUUAAAAGUAAUUCCUAAUCAACAAAGCCGUCUUCCUGCACUACAGAUGUUCAUGAGAGCACAGUUUGACUACGACCCCAAAAAGGACAAUCUCAUCCCUUGCAAGGAGGCAGGACUGAAGUUUGUUACUGGAGACAUUAUCCAGAUCAUCAACAAAGAUGACAGCAAUUGGUGGCAAGGACGGGUAGAGGGCUCCUCCAAGGAGUCUGCAGGAUUGAUCCCUUCUCCUGAGCUGCAGGAAUGGAGAGUGGCAAGUGUGGCUCAAUCUGCUCCAAGUGAAGCUCCAAGUUGCAGUCCCUUUGGAAAGAAGAAGAAGUGUAAAGACAAGUAUCUAGCUAAGCACAGUUCAAUUUUUGACCAAUUGGAUGUUGUUUCCUAUGAGGAAGUUGUUCGGCUCCCUGCCUUCAAGAGGAAGACUCUGGUGUUAAUUGGAGCCAGUGGGGUGGGUCGCAGCCAUAUUAAAAAUGCUCUGCUCAGUCAAAAUCCAGAGAAGUUUGUGUACCCUGCCCCAUAUACAACAAGGCCGCAAAGGAAGAGCGAAGAAGAUGGGAAGGAGUACCACUUCAUCUCAACAGAGGAGAUGACAAAGAACAUUUCUGCUAAUGAGUUCUUGGAGUUUGGCAGCUAUCAGGGCAACAUGUUUGGCACCAAAUUCGAAACAGUGCACCAGAUUCAUAAGCAGGGCAAGAUUGCCAUCCUUGACAUUGAGCCCCAGACCCUGAAGAUUGUUCGAACAGCUGAGCUUUCACCUUUCAUUGUGUUCAUUGCACCUACUGACCAGGGCACACAGACUGAAGCCCUGCAGCAGCUGCAAAAGGACUCUGAGGCCAUCCGUAGUCAGUAUGCUCACUACUUUGACUUCUCUUUGGUGAAUAAUAGUGUUGACGAAACUCUUAAGAAAUUGCAAGAAGCCUUUGACCGGGCUUGUAGUUCUCCGCAGUGGGUGCCUGUCUCCUGGGUUUACUAAGCUUACUGGAUUGUGCGACCUGUUCCAGCCCCUCCCCAGCAUUUGGAAUGCCAUCCCCUUGCUUAAACUAAAAGGGUUGCUUCAACUUCUAGCUCUCUGCAACUGUCCUAAGUAUGUCAGUAGGAUUCAAGUUUUCUCACUUAGGCUCCUAAAGGGCUGGACUUUACUUUUCUUACUAUUUAGAUUUCCAAAUGAUAUCUGAAAAUUGGCAGAGAAAAAAAGCAACUGUCCCGUCCCUCUGAAGCCUGAGCUCCUUUACUUCAACCAUACAGACUAUCUUUUGUCUUUUUAUUCUAAAAUAAGCAUCUUCAGAAACUUUCUAAAAUGCCAAAAUCAAACUACUCUACAAUAGGACGUCUGCUGUAGGGAAACCUUUCAAAGCAAUAAAAGUGUUGCUGUGUUAAGAUGUUAAGACCUUGUAAUUCCAUCUGCACCACAAUCCCCUAAAAAGCCAAGUGUUAUCUUCUUAAAUGUCCCAGAUAAUGGCAUCAAUACAAGAUGCUUUUCUGGGAUUAACAUACAGCCGAGGUUCUUUUUUGGUUUUCAAGAUGGUUUCUCUGUGUGGUCUUGGCUUUCCUGCUGUCCUGGACUCACUCCAUAGACCAGGCUGGCUUCCCCU